AUGAACUCAUCUGGCGGAGGAACAUCUCAUACUUUAAAAGCAUCAUCACCAACUCAGCAAUAUUCGUCUACAAAACGAAAUCAAAAUUCAACUUCAACAACUGAUCUACGUGAUUUAACAACUACACUUCAUGAAUUAAAUAAUAAUUUUAAACGAAAUAUUAAAGUUUUAACAGAAAUUAAAGAUUAUAUUACGAAAGUAUGUGAAAAACAAGAUUCACGACUAGUUGAUGAUAAUUCCGGUGUACAUAAACUUGAUCGGGUAAGAUUUUCAUAUUUAUUUUACAAAAACAAAAGUCAAUGA